UCGAGUUGAGAGGUCCUCCUAUUGGAUCAGCGUCGUUGUCGUUCGUUCCCAUCGUUCAUCGUCCAUCGUUCAACGUUUAUCGCUGCGCGUUGCACGUUGCACGUCACUCUAACAUAUUGUAUUGUGUGUUAUUGUGUGUUGUAUGCGUAUAUUAACAAGACAUAAAGUGAACAACACAAAUUCAACAUAAACUUAAAGUCUCUUGACGAUUAUUGAUUACCGAUUGCUAAUUUGUGCUUCGAGUGAAAGCCCAGUGACCAAGUUGUCCCCCAGUGCGUGUUGUGUGUGUGCUUCUUAUUUAAAUGCUCUGUCCGCCCACAAUGCGUCCGGCCAGUCCUGCCGAAUCCGAGAUCUCCGUCGGCGGAGCUCCCAGCCCGCUGCCAGCUCAGCACCAUCAGCUGCAUCAUCCACGCGCCGGCACCAUAGAUCUGCUGCAGCAACAACAGUUGCUGAUGCAACAACAUGCUGCUGCCGCCGCAGCGGCCGCUGCGGCUGCUGGACUGACACGCAGCGCCGUCGGCACACUGCCGGAGGAUUACUUCCAGCCGCUGAAGCGUCUGCGCAUGUCCUCCUCCUCGUCGGAGCCACGCGAACAAACGCCCAGUCCACCAGCGCCGCCAGCUAAUCCACCUACGAGCAAUGCGAGCAGCAACAACAGCUCCAACACCAAGUCAGCUAUUGAGGGCGUCAAGAGUUUCUCCAUUGCCGACAUUCUCGGCCACUCGGAGAAGCAGCGUUGCGCCUCCAGCUCACCACCACCGGCUGCCACCUUGCUAGCGCCUCCAGCUGCACGUCCCGUCGCCGCUGGAUUGUUGCAGCCACGCACCGAACCGCUGGACAUGCAUCCCGCCGCUGCGGCAGCCAUGUUGCUGCCCGGCGCACAGAUUGUGCGUCCCUGGGAUCAUCUGCUCGGUCCCAUGCCCGUGCGUCCCUUCAUUCCCUCCGCUCUGCUGCACUACGAGCAACGUUUGGCUCUAGACUAUCAUCGCCAGCUGCAGGAGCACUUCAAUGCCCAGGCGCAGCUGCUGCGUCACAUGGGCAUGGACAUCAUACCCUCCGAGAGUGGCUCGGAUCGUUCCAGCUCCGCAGCCAGCGAUUGCUGCUCACCGGAAAUCGCUCGCGACUCUGCGGCAGCUGCUGCUGCUGCCGCUGGCGCUGCGUCUCGUCGCAGUCACAGUCCGCAAUCCUCGUCGCAAGCUGCCGCAGAGCGAUCCAGUGGCUCCGGCAAUGCCUCGAGUCCAUCGCAGGCGGCGGGCAAUGCGAGCAACGCGGCUGCUGUGGCCGCUGCGGAGGCGAAGGCCAAGGCCAAUGGCACACCGUUGGAUGCACUGUUCCAGAUGACCACCAAGGACUUUGACGAGUCACAAGAUAAAUCGCACUUGGACAUAUUCUCAAACCGGCCGCAACCCAAGAAGAAACGCAAAUCACGCACUGCAUUCACCAACCAUCAGAUCUUUGAGCUCGAGAAACGUUUCCUCUAUCAGAAGUAUCUAUCGCCCGCCGACCGAGACGAGAUCGCCGCCUCUUUGGGCUUGUCCAAUGCCCAGGUGAUCACCUGGUUCCAGAAUCGUCGGGCCAAGCAGAAGCGUGACAUCGAGGAACUGAAGAAAGACUUUGAUAGCGUCAAAGUCUUCUCUGCGCACAAAUCAUUCCUCGAGAAUGUCAACGAUCUCAGCAUUCUGAAGAAGAAGCCCAUGCACGAAGCCGACAUGGUUGGCCUGGCCGCUGCCGCAGCCGCUGCCGGCAUGGUGGGCGUGCCGGUGCCAGUGUCCGCUGCCCAGGCGCAGGCACAGGCCGCUGCCCAGGCGCUGGGAACGCCACCCAAAUGAGUGGGCGGUGGGAUGCGUAUAGCGCAUAUGCAACCUGAUGAAUGGUACAGAAAAUGAACAAAGUAUUGAGGACGACAUUAUCAUCAAACGACUGCGAGACGAGUUGUGCAUUUUGUUUAAUUUUGGAGCCGCAAGCCAAAGAGGACCGCAAAGGGAUUAGCUUCAACUCCGCCGAGGCGCCUCAGCACUUGCAGCAGACAGAUACACAGAG